AUGGCUGGAUUGUGGCAGCAGCUCAGCUCCCUGAGGCCGAGUCCAGCUCUGGCCGUCGUCCACGUCCUCUGUCUCCUCUGCCCACUCUCAGGUACUCAUUCUGGGGACGUCACAGCCGGCCCGUCCCCUCUGGAGGGGUUUGUGUUAGUCAGGGGGAAUUUCUCUCUGACUUUCCUUCGCGUUGGCUACCACAAGAUUGCAGAAAUUCCAGCAGCAGCAAGAAACAUCAAGAUACAGGAGACGAUAAAAAGCCGCAACUACCUGGCUCUACAGACCCAGACUGGCGUCUCCAUCAUCAACGGUAACUGGGUGAUUGACAGGCCUGGGAUCUUCGCUGCUGCAGGAACGCAGCUGACUUACAGGCGACCCAAUGAAAUACGCUCUCGCAAAGGAGAGUCCAUCACGGCACCGGGGCCGCUGGCCGAGGCCCUGCAUGUUUAUUUGAUCUACCAGCAACCAGGUCCCAGUGUGUUCUAUGAGUACAGCCUGCCUUCACCAGUCACACACAGCGCCCCGGAGCCAGAUGUGCCUUCUGUUAUUCCUCCUCUGGGUGAAAAAUGGGAAGAAACCAUUCCUAACCACGUAUACUCCGACACCACCUACAUCUGGAAGAAGAGUGGCCACACAGAGUGUAGCGCGACGUGUGGCACCGGCAGACGUCAGCUGCUGUGGGACUGUGUGGACAAGGAUUCCCAACAGACAGUUCCCACUGACCUCUGUGAUUUUGCCCACAAACCAGUAAACCCAGUGGAGGACUGCAUCUCCCAGCUCUGUCCUGCAUACUGGGACAUUGGGGAGUGGUCCGAGUGCAGCAGGAUGUGCGGUCCCGGCACUCAGCGCCGCCAGGUCAUCUGUCGCCAGGUUACACACGUGCACGCCAACGGGACGGAGACCUUGGUUAUUGUGGAGCCGGGUCUGUGUGCGUCGACUGACAGGCCGGUGACCGAGUCAAGCUGCCAGCUGAAGAUCUGCAGCCAGUGGGAAAUACGAUCUGAAUGGAGCCCGUGUUCAGUGCCGUGCGGGGUGGGCCAGCGCAGCAGGGAGGUGGUGUGUGUCAGCAACCAGGGCGAUGUGGAGAAGGAUGAGGAGUGUAACAUGCACCUAAAGCCAGACUCACUGCAAAACUGUGACAUGGGAGCCUGUGCACGCAGCUGGUUCACCUCCGCCUGGAGCCAGCGGUGCUCUGCAGAGUGUGGAGGGGGCAAUCGGACCCGGACGUCAGUGUGCCUGAUGGAUCAUGUGAGCGAGCUCCCACUGGACGUCUGUGAAGGGGAACGCCCGUCAGAAGUGACCCCGUGCGACUCGGGCCCGUGCCAGAACCGGGUGGAGUGGUACACGGGCCCCUGGAGCCAGUGUUCUGCAGAAUGCGGCCGCGGCACGCAGACCCGAAGCGCCGCUUGUCUCUUCGCCAGCAACGGUCGCAUGGAGGUGGUGGACGGGUCGCGGUGUUCUGACCUGCAGCAGCCGGCCACAGCUCGCGCCUGCAGCCUGAGGCCGUGCGGCGUCCAGUGGUACGUCACAGAGUGGAGCACGUGUUCGCGCUCAUGCGACGGAGGCUACCGCGUGCGGGAGGUUCGCUGUCUCACUGACCACACGGUCCCGAGUGACCAGUGCGACCCCAGUUUGACCCCCGAGAGCCGCGAAGACUGCGGCAAACAACCAUGUGAAGCAGAGACGGAUCCAUCAUGCAGCGACCAGCAUCAUAACUGUCUGGUGGUGAUUCAAGCCAGACUCUGCAUUUACCCGUACUACAGAAGCAUCUGCUGCUCCUCUUGCGCCAAGAUGCCAAAAUCGUACCCCAACCACAUUCGCAGGUGAUGAGGAGGGUGGUUAUUGAGACGAUUUCUGUUUCUUCCAUAACAAAAACUGUGAAAAUGACACUAUGCCUGACUGGAGAGCAUACGAGGGCACAGUAUGGUUUCAGCCACAGGUUCAGAUCAGUAUUCAGCUGCUGUUUCCUGUUUGCUAUUUGCUAAUGUUCAAAUGAAGAACACCUUCAUUCUACAUCAAACAGGAAUAAAAUAGACUUUACAAUAGACUUUUACUCUAUAUUUAUUCUUCAUAAAGUGUUUAACACUGCUGCUUUGUUGUUAUUGCAGAGGUAAAAGAAAAUAUUCAGCUAUUCUCUAUACUCGAAAAACCAAGGUUUUGGCUCAAGAAAAUUACCCCAACAAUUUGCAUCCCUGUCUUUUACAGUCGUACCAACAUCUUUGUCAUUUAUGCAAUUUGUGCUUGUCUGCUACACCUAAAUGCAUUUUCACAAUACAAUAGAAAUAAAAUUGUUCUGUGCAGCAAAAGUCCAUGCUUUUACACUCGACAAAGGCCAAGUUUCAGGUUGAGAGAACUUUGAGGACAUUGUUCUACAGAGGUUUCAUUGUGUUGUCAUCCCUUCUUUUGUUCUCUCAGGGAAACAAUGUGGAAAUUCCCCGCUAUAAUAUACUUUGUGUUGACUGUCGUGUGCUGUUGUCUCCAAGGGGCAGUUGUUUGCAGUACAAAAACGUGUUUGAUUAUAACAAUCCUUCAUCCGUUGUAAUGCAAAGAGACACAUUUCGAAAUAAACUGAAGUCCAACAUACUGGAACUAAAUGUUUUAAAAUGCUCUGAGUUAUUUACUGCACGUGCAUUUGA